UUAUACCCUCGCCUAUUACGUAUAAUAUUUGAUUACUAUUCUAUCCCCGCUAUAGUGAACCAUUAUAAGCGCUCUUUCAAUAGUAUAAAAUUGAUUGUCGAUAAUUUGAAGUAUAGUUUUUCCGUUGAGUCUAUUAAUAUCAUCGAGAGUUUAAAGUUCUAG